AUGGCUGCCCAGCAGCUGCCUCCCGGGAGGAGAGAAGCGGACCAGGGCGCGGGCUACGCCGAACCCUUGUCAGCGCACCAGCUGCUGUACCCGGGCGGGGAGGACACUCGCCGGAUGCUGCUGGAUUUGCUGACGAUGCUGCCGCCCGAUGGGGCAAAAUCUCCCCCUCCGGAGUUGGCUCCAGGCACGGGGCCCCCGCUUUUGCCGGGAGAAGGAAAGGAGCGCCAACAGGCCGACGAUCUACUGUCGAGCGAUGUCGGCGGGACGGCAGAGCGCGGCAGCGCCGACAAGGACAAGGACAACGCGUCGCCGCGGUCUGAGGGCCAAGAAGAAGAAGCGGAACGAGUAGUCGGGGGGACAGAUGCAAGCAGCCGGCAGUCUGCUGUCGCCGAGAACGUUCCUGAGACCGAUGCUCAGGAGAGGGUUGAGCAGGCAGUGUCUGAAAGCGGACCGGGAGGGGUAGAAACUCCGCCAUCAGACGCGGGGGGUGAUGCUGGUGACCGGCCGACCGCCUUGGCGGAGGCAGGCGAGACUGGUGACGUGGACGGCAUGGAGGAUCCAGCGCUGCCCGCGCCUCCCUCCGGACGACAAGAGCCAGGAGAAGGGGGCUCUGCUGCUUCCGAUAUUGUCGAGGGAAAGGGUUCGCCCUCCGGCAGCGGAAAGGAAGCCCUAGCCGAGGUCUCGGGAAGAAGCACGCCGUCUGCGGAAGAGGAUGGAGAUGCCAUCGGAGAGCGGGGUAGCGGCCAGGCGAGCCGCGACGGGCGGUAUAGCAACGACGACGACGACGACGGGGCCCCCGUUCGCCAUGUCUCCGACGAGUACGGCGACGACACGGAAAGCGACGAAGAGGAUAACGUGUUUGCCGCGGAGCCAUCGUGCGAAGAUGCAACAGCAUCCGUGGGGACGGGAGUUGAGGCCGAGGAGGAGGGAAUGACGAGAGGCGAAGCGAGCGAGGGGGGAAGCUGCACGGGAGACGAAGGCGAAGGGGUUCCUGCAGAGACAACGGCGCCAAGCACCGGGGGCGAUGACGAUGUAUCGGCACCGGAAGCAGGCUUCGGCGACGAGAACGGGGACGAAGACACUGCUCCAGUCGGCAGCGUCGACCCCUCAGACGGACCAGGAGAGGGGGAGCCAGAGAGCCCUGUUGGGAACCCGCCACCGCCUUCGGAGGCCCCAGACGAACCGUUACAUCAAGAAGCGGGGGAACCGGCCGGAGGGUCGGGCGAUGGCGAUUGCGCGGACCCGGACGGUGCGACAGGACAUGGGGCGGCGGAGCCCGUCGCGGGGCCGAGCGAAGCUGCUGGAGAGGACGAACGACGUCCCGGGGUCCCCGAACCUGAGAACGAGGGAGAUGCGGUGGGCGGAGUUAGUGGUGUGGGUGACGAAGAGGCUGCUACGGUAGGGUUGUCGGCGAAUGGAGGAAAGCCAGGAGGAGUGGACGCCGCAGAAGAUCGAGGCGGUUCUUCUGCGUUGCUCGAAGGAGAAGCUCUGCCGCCGGAGGAGGGAGGGGAUGUGGAAGGGGGGAAGGGGGCCCCGCAGGAGGAGGAGGAGGAGGAGGGUACGGAAGACGAUGUGGUGUUCUUGCAGUUCGAGGUGGAGGCGAAAGAGUUAGAGCUGAAGAGGCUACUGUCUGAAGGAGAGGGGCAAGACGAGGAGGCAGAUGAGUUGGAGAAGGAAGUGCGGCGUCUGGGUAGCUUGGCGGAGGAGAGGGAGAAGCACUGCCGCUACGCCGCCAAAGCCUUGGAACUCCUCCCGAACGCUGCUGCGGAGACCUCGAGGAUGCAGAAAGAGUGCGUCGCCGCCGAGGCGCGCAUGCAUGCGGCGGCGAAGGCCUUCGAAAAGGGGUGGAAGCCCUUAGAGGCGGUGGUUCGCGUUCAGCGGGAGAAACUCGCGAGGCGGAAGGCGCGAUGUCGGGCCCUUGUGACAGAAAUGCGCGGCAUUUACGCGGAGUGCCAAGACAUGAGCCAGCAAGAGUCCGCCCUCAAGGCAGCCGCUAGGGACACGGAGGUCUGGGAAAGCAAGGCGAGGGGCGAAGUUGUCAUCGGGCCGGAGAAGGGGAUUGGCGGCGACGGUAGCGGGAGCGGCAGCGGUGGGGACGCGGAGUGGGGGGAGGAGGAAGACGACAGCGAAGAGGCUAGAAAAAGGAGAAACGCUGGGGCGGUUCUUCGGUCGCACAUCGACAAGCGAAUCACGAGCCUGUGCGAGGACGCCGCGGCCCAGAAACAGGAAAUCGCGAUCUCUCUCACCGAGGUCCUGGACUCUCGCAGGGAGGCGAAUGGCGCCUGGGAGUUGCUGGGGAGGGCGGAGGCCUUGCCGGAGGAGAGGAUAUUCUCGGCCGCGAAGCAGGCCAAGUCCGGGGGUGGCGGGGCCAACAAGGACCGCGCGAAGGACUUCACCGAAGCGUACAAGCACCUGCACGCGCUUGGGGAAGUGUUUUCUAAGGUCGUCGAGGCGAUAUCUGAGGUCGGUAGGCGGGAAGAAGAGUGCCGGUUGGUGGAGCGCGAAACCGAAAAGAUGCUGUCUCGCCAGGGAGGAUCCGUCCGCCUCCAGCUGCUAACGCGGGAUCUGGAGAGAGUUAAGGGAGACGCCUUCGCUCUUGAGCAGCGCUUGGACCAGGCGCUGGAAGAGGAACGGCUCAAUCAGAAAGCUUCCCAAGAGCAAGAGACCCAGGAGUCCUUCGGAGAGGCACGGGAUGUCGCCAGGCGGGACAGCGACGACAACGCCAACGAAGCUGUGGAGGAGCAAGAUGAGCAAGCAAGCUACGGCGACGAUACUGGUGGUGAGGUUCAAGAAGAUGACGAUGACGCCGAGCAGCAAGACUUGCCGUCGCGAGCACAGGAACAUGGAGAAGCUGCCGAAUCGACUCCGGACGUGGAGCUCGAGGAUGAAAGAAGCGUUAGUGGUGGUGGAGAGGAGAGGGGCGAGGGCGACGCGCCGGAGCAGCGCGGUAGUGGUGCGGGCGGUGACGUUGUUGAGAGUGAUCAAGAAGCCGAUUUCGUAGGGGAAGACGAGGAGGACAACGUUUGGCAGUAGGGGGUGUGGAGAUCUGGCUCGUCGAGACUCGUGAACGUCGUUGCUCCAUCGGGCGACUACAUGCCGCCAACGUCGGUCUUCAACUUUGGACCCUUUUCCCACUACAAUUGUAGCAUGGUGUGAAUUCUUCGUCACACUGCUCUUCGGCAUGGCAAGGGUGCGCUCUGCUUGUCGGGACUUGGAUCGGUUUUGGAAUGCCCCAAGUCUAACCAUUUUGUGUUUCCGAACGAAGGUGUUCGGGCCGUUGUGAACCGCGCUGCUGUUGUGCUCGAUAAUUUCGUUCGUUGCGCGCGCGAUGUGUGGCGCUCCUCCCACGUGUUAAGAUUGCGGAGUGCGUACGGCAUGAAUUUCGGGCACCUCGUCACACACGUGUAUGCUCACCUCUACGUGUCUCUGUACGUGAAUGCAUUCGACUGUUUGCCUGGUGUG